UUACACACCCAGUAUAUGUGUUGAAAGCAAGCCCUGACCCCCAGAGUCUCUCCUGACCACGAGGGCAGUCAGCCCUCGUCCUCCGGGCAGCGAUGCCUCGCUGAAGGUCACCACCUCUUUCCAUGCCUCCCUUCCAAAGACCGGGUAAAUUAGGUUGCUGCCCCACCUUCAACCAGAAUUCGGGGUAAAUAUGGAGAAUGUGACAAACCCGCUACCCAACUCCGCCUGUUAAUGGAAGGUGUAGACACCAUCUCCGCGCUCUCCUAAGCUCAAGCGAAACAAGUAUAAAACACCUCUCCAUUCAUCUUUCCAGCCCAGCCCCCAAACGUCUAUGCGCUUGCGCGACGGGAUUCAGCGGUGAGGGAGCAGGCUUGGGUUGCUAAAAUACCGAAGAAUCAUGCCUCUUCCAGAUACUAUGUUCUGCGCUCAGCAGAUUCAUAUACCCCCAGAACUUCCUGAUAUCUUGAAACAAUUCACCAAAGCUGCUAUUAGAACUCAGCCAACCGAUGUAUUACAGUGGUCUGCAGGAUAUUUUUCAGCUUUGUCAAAAGGUGAUCCCCUUCCUGUAAAGGAGAGAGUUGAAUUGCCAGUUGCUACCCAGAAAACAGAUUCAGGAUUGACAAGAGGACUACUUAAAGUUUUACAUAAGCAGCUUUCUCACAAAAAAAUUGUGGAUUUAAGAGAACUUCAGCAGAAAUGGAAGACUCUGUGCUUGCCAAUAGAAACACUCGGUUUCAUUCUCAGAAUGGAUCCUAUGGAAGAAGACACAGUAGAAUGGAUGAAAUUUUUCUCACUUGCUUGUAGCAUGCUGGGUGGGACCUUACAUAGUGCAAUGAAGCAUGCUUGUGAAAUUCUUACAGAAGAUCCCGAAGGUGGACCUGCUCGUAUCCCGUUUGAGACUUUCUCUUUCAUCUUCACUUAUCUCUCAGGAUUAGAUGAGGAUAGACCUGAGACUGAAACUAACCUUUUUCUCAAUAAUCUUGAAGACUCAGUAGCUUCUAGUAAAGAUGGAAUGAUAGGAGUUUCAGAUUUCUUCAUAGAGGACAAGAAGAAACACCCUUCAGUUUAAGAAGCAAAUUGGGGAAAUUUUCUCAGAAAACAUAUGGCACUACUUCAGAGAAGAGAGCGCUUUAAAAAAUCAAAUAGUGCUUUAUGAAAACUUAGCAACAAAUACAGCUUUGCAUAACCAA